CGAGCAGCUGGGAUGGGAGGAGACUUAGGUCACGUGAUCGAUGUUCUCUUCCGAUGUUUCCUGGAAGAACAAAACAAACAGGAGAGUGAGUCCGUCUGUGUGGCAGACGCCCUUAUCCAGGGCGACUUACAAUCAUAAGCAAAUACAUUUCAAGUGUUACAGUACAAGUAAUACAAUAACAGCAAGAUAAAUACAAUGACUUUGGUUCAAGUCUUCUUCAGCUAAAGCAUCUGAUAUGGAGCUAAACAAGAGCAGUGCUCCGAAGAUAUGUCCCUGUGAUUGUUGAUCGGGGAGAAUGGACAGCAGAUAACCUGUGUGAGACUGAGCCUGAAUCUGUCAUGAACAGUGGAAAUCACUUUCGGUGCUAGACAUGGCUGAAGCUGUGAGACCCAAGAAAACCAAAACCAAGCCGAGUGGAAGAUCUCAGGAUAAAAAGAAAAAGCUAAAUGGUGACUUGAAAAGUGUGGGAAACCUGACAGCGUCUUCUGACAUCCAGCAACCCCUUCCUGGCCACCUGAAUGAAACUGAGGGGCCUCCUCUGCUUGCUCUUGUGGACAGAGCCCAGCCCCAGCCCGAUCACAAGCAGGCUGGAGAUGGAUUGGAAUUUACGGACAUCCCCCUGAGUGAGCCGGCCAGCGAGGAUGCCUCUGAGCUUCCUGUAGCAGAGUUAUCAUUAAACACAGGCACAUGGCAAGAGGAGCCUGAUACUGGAGAAGAAACAGUGACUAAGAGUGGGGAAGCAGGCACUUGCUGUGCUGGGGAACAUGAUACAGGGCAGCAGGAACACAGAGGCACCCAGAUUGGGCAGACAUGCUCUGACAGUGGACAAGCAGCACUUCCUGAUGUCAAGCAAACCGAACAGCGCACACCUGAAAGUGCACUUGAGACCAGCAGUGCCCCUCUUAUGGUUUCCCCUAUUCCUCUUCACUUUGUAGCAGCGCAGCUCUUUGCCACCGAGAGCCAGCAUUCUGAUAGCAAUGUCAUUGUGGAGUCUGGCUUUGUAUCUGGAAUGCUGUCAGAUGUAACAGCCAGUAAAUCAGAGUGCAGAGCCCCGGCUGUCCUUCCGCUGGUGGAACAGGAGUCCCCGCCCAGCCUGGUUCCUGUGGAGCUGGUGAAGCCAGAGAAGACCUAUCAGCGGCUCUACCCAGAGCUGUCCUGCAUCUCCCCAAGCACCCUGCCCUUCACCAGAGAGCAGCUGCGACUGUGGGAGCCGGGCUCCUGGCUGGGAAACGUGGAGCUCCAUGUAAGCGAAUUCGAGGGCAUGGCUCACCAGGAUGGGCACGAGCUGCACGAGCUGCUGAUGCAAUACUGGCGCUGUCGCAAGCAGCUGUGUCAAGCCCAGGCAGAGCUGCAGGCAGCCGUCUCGGACUGCAAGAGCACCCAGAACCGGCUGUGGAGCUUCAGAGAUGAGCAGCUCACCCUGCAGGGUGUCUGUGCUGACCAGUCAAAAGUGUGUGGUUACCAUCGCUACCAGCAGGUGGUGCUAAACGAGCCGGUGGUGGGGGAACUGCAGCGGCUGUUCGAGUCCAAGGCAGAGCUCCUCCACCAGACCCUGGCACUGCACUCCUACACCGCCCUGCUGUCCCGGCUGCAGGUAGAGUCCUACCUGUACCGACUGCUGUGCAGUAUCCCCGCAGCCAGGGCACUGUCAGUGCAGGAUCCCCCUAGAGCUGAGUCCCCUGAUCUGGACUCCCAGCCCUCCUCUUUGCAGCCCCUGAAGGACAGUAUCAGCGUCCUCUUCAGCUUCACACGCAGGCUGCUUGACGAUGCACAGUUCCAAGGAGACAUCCACCUGUGGCUGCAGCAACUGGUGUCAGUACUGCACGGAGUGGGUUCUGUUGGGGACCAUCUGUACCUCCUCAAUCACAUCCUCAGGUGUCCUGCAGGUGUGGGCAAGUGGACAGUGCCUUUCCUACAGAUUAAAGUCCUGGAUAAUCCCUCCGGAGUUUACCAUUUCAUGCAGGCGUUGGCCAUACUCGUGUCACCAGUCAGAACUCGUGUUAGCUAUCUGUGCCACAUGAAGCCCAGUGAGAAGAAGAGCAACAGCACUGGAAAAGAAUCUGGGAACUGGACUCUGGUGGAUGAAGGAGGAGAGGAGGAUGAAGACCCUGAGACUAGCUGGCUGCUGCUUUCAGAAGAGGACCUGGUUGCCCUUUUCUCUCAGUUUCCAUUUGAUGAGCUUUUCAAACAUUUAUUGGGGAUAAACUUGAAAGGUGCUUGCCAGCCUCAGGCAACAACCAGCCAGAAGAUGAUGAAAUUUUUUGCUUUCGCAACUUCAUUGGUUGAACUGUUAGCCAUCGGCCUGGAAACCUACAACAGGUCCCGAUACAGGCAGUUUGUGAAGCGUAUUGGACACAUGAUCAGGAUGACACUGUGCUAUGUGAGUGACCACUGGGCUCAAUACAUCAGCAUCACUGGGGCCCCAAUGCAGGAGCAGGAGUCUUUCUCCAGGGAGAAGCUGCAGGUGGAAUUCGACGAGCUGUUCCUGAGAGCUGUGCUGCAUGUACUGAAGGCAAAAAGCAGGCUGGGGGUUUGGCUCUUCAUGUCAGAGAUGCCCUACGGAACCCUUUCCAGUGCCAUGCUCUGGAAGAUCUUCUACAUCAUGCAGUGCACCGAGAGCGAAGGCCUGGACAGGCUGAGUGCAAACCUGAGACCUGAUGACUGUGUCAGGAGAUUGAAAGACCCGGAGCACCAGGGGAAGUUUGAGCGCUGGCUGGUGGAGAUUAACAGCUCAGAUGGGAUCUGCCUGCUCACCACCUUCGCUCACAUGGCCCAGCCCAAACGGGCCGACGGAGACCCGGAGUUUGUCAAAACCAUAGUGCUGGAGAUAUAUGAGGUGUCGUACGUGAGUGUCUCCACAAGAGAGACCUUCUCCAAGGUGGGCCGGGAGCUGCUUGCAGCCAUAGCGACGGCUCACCCUCGCAUUAUCUCUGUGCUGCUGUGGCGGCUCCAGGAGACCAUUGACAGGGUGGGGAUGGUGUCCCUGUACCUGUUCAAGGAGCUGCCUGUGCACCUGUGGAGACCUGCGGCUGCUGAGAUUGCAGUGAUCCGGGACUGGCUGCUGAGCCACAGCCUGCCCGCCGUGGAAAACAAGCUGGCCUGCAUCAUCUUGGAGGGGCUGAACUGGGGCUCUUGUGGGCAGAGCGGAGCCCUGUUCCUGGACCCCUCACUGCACACUGAAGUGGCCCUGUUGGUGGUGGAAGCCUAUCAGAAAUACCUCACUGACAAACCCUAUGGAGGGAUCAUCUCGGAGAGCAUCAAACAGGUCUCCUACCUGGCUAGUGUGGUGCGUCUGGGUCAGACCCCGGAGAGCUCCUUUAACCAGUGGGCCUGGGAUCUGGUGCUGCGACUGAAGCUGCACUCGAAUGACUGCUGCCCCCAGGACGCCUGGUCACCCGCCCCCUCCACCAUCACACCGGUGCCUGAGAUCUCAGAGACACCCACACUGCACCCUGUGCUGAAGGCAGUGAAGGCUGGCAUACCCAUCGGUUGCUACCUUGCCAUAGCCAUGACGACCACUGGGCACAGUCUGGAGUGGCUCUGCUGUGAUGGUGUGGCCCUGUUGAACGUGCUGGUUCAGUCUCGGUACCUGCGGGCUGUGGUACAUGUCUUGCAAGUGGUCCUGCCCCUUGUGUACCCCUGCCAGUACUACCUGCUCAAGAACGAACAGUUCCUGAACUCCAUUCAACUGUUCCUGCAGUUGGACAGUGGGACUCCACAAGGAAUGGCCCAGCAGGUCACUAACAAGGUCACCCAGCACCUCACAGGAGCCAGCUAUGGAGAGAAUGUCAGGCUCUUGAACAGUGUCAUCCAGGCCCACGUGUCGGAGAGCAGCCAGCCUGGCCGGGUGGGUCCGGCCGCAGUCCUGGAGUUCUGGGUCCAGGUUCUGACUGGACAGAACCUCUGGCACAGGGACAGGACUGUCCUCUACCUGCUGGACCACUUGUGCAGGGCUGCCUUUCUACACCAGCAGGAGGAGAGUCUGCAGAAACUGCUCUACCAGCAGCACAAGAAUGCAUUGGGUUACCACGGCGACAAAGGCCUGCUGUCUUCCCUUGUAGGCUGGAUCGUUGCAGGAAAUGUGACGCCUUCCUUCAUUGAGGGUAAUUCAUUACCUGAGGAGGUCUGGUUCUCCUGGGUGGUGCUGAACAUGGAGUCCAUCUUCGAGGAGGACUCCCAGCUGCGGCGCUGUGUGGAGCACGAGCUGCUUACCAACCCCUCUCUCCCUCCAGACCAGGCGCUUAAGAAAGCACAGACCCGGCUGAAGCUCCCCGUGGUCCCAUCCCUGCAGAGGCUCAUGGUCUAUCGCUGGGCACACCAGGCCCUGGUGACCCCUGCAGACCACCCCCUCCUUCCCCUCGUCUGGCAGAAAUUCUUCCUGCUUUACCUGCGCCAGCCUGGGCCGGAAUUCGGGUUGGAGGCCAGGGGUUGCAUUGGGAGGCGCUACUUCCACAGCCCGGCUCAUUCUAACCUGCUGAAAGAGAUGAGGCAGCGUCUGGUGGAGGUGGCUGAUUUCCAUCAUGCAGCCAGCAAAGCCCUAAAGGUCCCCAGAGACUGUGAGCCCGGCGAGGGGGAGGGGAGCUCCAGGAGCCCCACACCAGAGCACAUGACCUCCCCAGAAGUGCACAAGGAGCUUGUCAGGCUGAUCAAUGUGUUUGCUGUUUGGCUGGGUGAUGAAAAUCUGCAGAUGCAGGAGGUCUAUCUGCCAUCGUUACCAAAACAAUAUGACUCGCACCGAUUGGCCAAAGUCAUGCAGAAUCAGCAGGAGCUGUGGAUGGAGUAUAUGGAUAUUGAACGGGUACAGCAUGAGCUGAGGGAGGUUCUGAGUCUUUGGACUAAGAUCAGAACUGAGCCGUCCUGCCUACACAACAGCAGUGUGACUAUCUUCACUGAUUUCACCAACCCUCAGGCAGCACGAGAUCGCAUCCUGACUAACCUGCAGAAGCAUGAUGCCCCACAAGCCCAGGUACCCCUGGUGUCUAUGAGAGCCCCAGUCCCGAAUAUAUCCUCUUCUGCCUUGUCUGAUGAAACAUCUGCCACCGAACUCAUCCAUGAUGAUCUCAGUGCACUGCAGCACCAUGCCAAGCUCGCAGCGCUACGGGAGUCCCAACAGGUGGCGCUAGACAGCGAGCUGUUGGACACUCUGCCUCAGCUAUACAGUAAUCGGGAGGAGCAACUGUCCAUGCAGCUGGAGUGCCGGGGAAGUGGGGGUAGACCAUGCCAGGGGUCUGCUCUCAUCAAUGUCAAGUUUGAAGGGAUGCACAAGCAUGAGGCUGUACUAAACCAGAUUCAGUCCCUGAAACGAGACGUUAAACAGCUGCAGACGGACGCCAUGAAACCCCCUCCUCAGAGUGUGGCCGAGGCCGCUGUGCACGUGGAGAACUUCAUAACGGCCCUUGUUAAUGCCUACAAGCUCCAGACGACUGCUCUUUCCCAGAAGAUCGGGAUCGCCGCAUUCUACCAGGUGGUUUCCUUCGUGUGCGAUGACACUCAGCGCCACCCUCCCACAAGGCAGUUUUUCUCCUCCUGCAUUGAGAUCCUGGGACAGGUGUUUAUCCGAGACACCCAGCGGGAGUGCAAGCAGAUGCUGACGAUCAUCCUGCACAACCAGCGCCUCUGUAACCUUCUGUCCCCCUACUUCACCCCCAACGCUUCACCUCGGGAGCUGGUUCCCCUGUAUGAGGAGGUGGUGCUCGCCCUGCACGGGGACAGUGGAGACGUCAUCUUCAUGCUGCUCACCAAGUUUGACUUGGUUUUCUGGCUAAGCUCCAGCCAGCCUCACUUCUCAGAGCGGAGCCGGCUGAUGGAGCUGGUGCACCUCGCCCUGACCUCCUGCGGCCUGCAGCCAGACGACGAGAUCCUGAUGCCCUUUAACCUCUUCUGUAAACACUGGACUCAGCUGCUGUGCUACCAGUUCCCUGAUCACUACAGCGACUUCCUCAGGCUUCUCAUGCAGAGUUCUGCAGAGCAGCUCAUCAGUCCUGACUGCUGGAGGGCAUCCCUCAGAGCACUGGGGUGCACUUCCCCACCCAAAAAGAAAUCCACCAAGAUCCCCGGCUCUGCCCGAGAAACUACUGCAGUGUCCCUCUCUUCUCAACAGAUCCAAGAGACAAUAGGAUGGCUGUCAGAUUUCUUCCUUAAACUCCAUCUUUCCAAAGCUGAUUUCCGAAGUUUUGGUCUUUUUUCCAAAUGGGGUCCUUACAUGGAUGAAGUAAAGAUGUUUUGGGGUUAUCUAUUGAAAAAUGUCAUCGACUUAGAGUUUGCUGGCUUGGCUAAGGAGCCAGUGGGCAGUGUCCAGAUUAUAAAAGUUCUGCAGGCUCUGCAUUCUAAAAUCGUGGGCUUUUUUAGACCAUGGAUCCUGGUGCUGGACACAGGGGAGGCAAGCAGCCCUCGCUGUUACCCGUGGCUGGAGACCGACACAUCUGCUGCAGCCAGCAUGGUGACUUUGUACUCUGAGUUUAUUGACAUGCUGCAUGGGAAGUUCAAGGAGAAGUUGCUGCCCGGGCAGAGGGGGGCACUGUGGCUGCACCUCAUGCACUACUGUGAGACCUGCACCGCUCCCAAAAUGCCAGAGUACAUCCUGUACACCUACCACAGAGCCUACAGCCGACUGCCCUGGAGUGACCUGCACCCAGACCAGGACCUCAUGGAUCAGUUUUUCAAGGUGGAGCGAGGCAGCCCCAAGAGCUGCUUCCUGUUCAUGGGCACGCUGCUGUGUCAGGUGAACUGGGUGAGCGUGGUGAGCGACGCGCUGAGCCCACAGCCCCAGCCCCACUCGCAGGCCAUGGUGGUCUACCUGCUCUACAUGAUGGUCUUCCUGGCCAAGGAGGACGAGCUCAUCAGCAAGCCUGAAUCUCCUCUUCUGAACUUGCUGGGUCAGGCCAGCUCCCUGCCAUGGCACUUUGUGGACUUCCCGUCCUACCAGAACGUUCUUGGCUACGUUAACAGCCACUACCCUCCGGCCCUCAUCCUGAAGAGGGACUCCUCCUCUGAGCUCACUGUCAAGCUGCUGAAGAUGGCCGCAGGGAUUGGGGCUGACUGUGAGGGGAGGCUGCACCAGCAGGACAUGACUCCUAAGUGCCGGGCGUUCAUCCACCUGGUGGUUCAGUUCCUAGUGUCCUUGGACCAGAGCGGGAGUAUCGCCCUGGCAGAGCUGCAGAGGAAGAUGGAGAGACUGCUGGAGGACAUUGUGAUCUUCAAUCCACCAGAGACUGAUCUGCAGCAGAGGCACAUGGCGACAUGCAGCCUGUUUGCAGAGGUGCUGACAGUGCUGAACAGCGCAGGUGUGUCCACGGCACUGUCCCUGCAAGAGAGCCUGCGGAGCUGGGUGGAGAGGAGAGCCCGCGCUCCCCUGGUCCUGCCUCUCCUCACCGCAGCCUGCCACAGCCUGGCCUCCGUCCGACACAUGGCACAUACGACAGAGGCAUGCAUCCUUGCCUACUUCACCGACGGCAUUUCCCUUGACCAGUCCUCCGGCUGGGGCCCUAUCCUGGUGUCACUGCAGGUGCCGGAGCUGACUGCGGAGGAGUUCCUGCAGGAGAGCCUGUCCCUGGGCAGCUUCCUGACGCUCUACGUGUACAUCCUGCAGCGCCUUAACUUGGAGCAGACGCUGGCCUGUGAGAGGAGGUGUCUGGUGCUGCUCAGUGCCUGGACAGAGCAGGUCUUCCCCAGCAGUGCGUCUGAUGAAAGCAAGCUGUUCCUGUGGUGGCACAAGUCCCUAGAGCUGGUGAUGGUGCAGGUGGAGCAGGAGCACCUGGAGCCCCUUGUACAGACCCUGCUGGCCAUGCAGACUCGGCUGGGACAGCUGGGGGAGGAGAGGCUGGCCUCCGGGAUCCUGGGGGCUAUAGGCCUGGGCAAGAAGUCUCCCCUUUCCAGCAGGUUCCGGGUGGUGGCCCGCAGCAUGUCUGCCUUCCUGUUAGUCCAGGUCCCUGCAGAGAAUCGGCUUCGACUCCAUCCAGGCACAGACCUGCAGCUCUCACCCAAAGCACAGCAAGCACUAAGUGUCCUAGACUCGAUGCCUUCCAGUAAGCAGUACUCCGAGUUCCAAGAGCCACUCACCCAAGCCAGACAGUUCAUCAGCUACCCUGGUCACUGCCUGCAGGAUGGGAACUGCCUGCUCGCACUCCUUAUAAACUCCCUUUACCCAGAGGUGCACUAUCUGGACAUCAUACGAUAGGGUCUACUGCUACAUUGUAUAGGUGCAGCUAUCACUGGGAGUCUGAAAACCUAAACGAUUCCCUGAAGGUCUCGAACAGGGUGCUUUUAGCUCCUAACAACUUGGGAGGCAACAGCAAGACUUCUAGUAUUGUGGCAUGUUGUUGAACUAUGCAUAGGCACAUCAAAUGCCACUGGCCUUUCAACUUUGAUUUACAGUAGAUACAGUGUGUCUCUCAAAUCUUUAAACCAUCAUAGGUUUGACCUGAGGGUAACAGAGAAGUCGUUUUCUGAGGAUUGAAUGCCAAAAAAAGAGUUUUCCUUUUGAUGCAAAUAGAUGCUGGCGUUUUGGUACAAAAAAAUAAACACAUUUUUACAAAAAUAAUCUGCAUUAUAGGCUUCUCUUAGUUUUCCUGUGAGUUUACAGCAUUAGGAAACAGCUGCGCUUAACAGUUUAGUCCCAUGCUAUGUACAUUAUUUUUAAACAGUACUGUGUUUAUAAUGAUCUUUAUGUCCUGAAUUAACUGCUUGUGGUGCAGGGCAAGGCAGUAUAGCCUUUUGAAUGUUCUUUUUUGGCUCAAUCCUGACCCUGGUUAACGAUGAUGACCACAUGUCUUUCUCCCCCGAGGGUUGUGUUUGCUCGAUGAUGGGUUUUUGUGAAGUUGUUUUGCAGACAUGCAUCACGAAAACCAUCAUAACAAUUUGCACUUUUGUAAAUCACAAUACAGUAUUUACUGGAGUUGUAUACAAUAGCACCUUUCGUGGACAAGCAUUGCCGGCAGUCCGUUGCUUAGAUACGCAGUGGAUCAAAGGGGGCACAGAGGGUAAAAGUGUAAAAAACAAAGUCAAGUAGGGCUUCUACUCUACCUACAUCUUGAGUCGUUUAUUUAUUUUACCUUAUGUAUGUGUGACUGAGUGUUUGAAGAUGAGGAUGAUAUAAAUACCAAAUGAUAUAAGAGUUAUGUGACACUGAAGGGAUCUUCCCCAGCUUUGCUUUAGGGUUCAUGUUUGUAUCAUGCACAGCAUGCUUGUGUGUCUGUGUGUGUGUGUGCUGGUCAGCAGAACAAGUGAAAGUGUAGACUGGCUGCUAUCUCUUAUAAAAGUGUACCAUUUUAAAAGCAUAGAAAAGUGUAUCAAAGUAUAGUGAAAGUAUGGUAAAAGUAAGCAAGUGUGACGAUUGUAAAGCUCAGAGAGGUAUGGUAAAGCAUAUUAAAAAACCGUUGAUGAACUAUGGUAAAUGUAAAGGAUAACCUUGGGGGAACCUGCUCAUUUAUUGUGUUAAACUAUUGUGAGACACUGUCUGUGCUUAAAGAAGGGUGGGCAAGGCAAUGCACAACAAAUGAAUACAUAUUUGUAAUGUUUAGACUAUUUAGCAGAAGUUGUCUGCACAAAUCCAACAAAGUUCUAGGGGUGUGGUUCACAAGCCACUUCUACAGUAGCAGUCUACUAAACCACUUUAGUUUUUAGCAAUAAUCCAAAGAAAACCUGUCACUUUUACUCAUGUAGACUAGCUGAGCUGGAUUCUGUAAAGCUAUACAGUUCCGUCUUGAAGGUACAGUUGCUCAGUGGUGUAAGUGCUUUGUGAAACGACCCAGAUGCAGUAUUUUCCACACCCCUGCUCUUCUAAAAGCUACACAAGAGCUUCCACAUCCACAGAUUUCUGUUUGUGUGCAGUAUCAGAAAACCAGCUCACUAUAUGCAAUGGGGAUCUCCAUUCAGGAUUCUUAAACAUAUCCAACUGGACAGGAAGCAAAAUGUGUUUAGUUUAUAAACAACACACUUGUGCUUUCUUUUGAAACUGCUGCACGUCUGCGUGCAUUUUGAAUUGCAGACUAUUCUGAGUCAUUCCAACUGUGGUUCAAAAUAAUACAAAUAUUCUACAGAAAAGAUAUUCCUACUGCCGGUAUACAGCCUGCAGGCAAAAAGGGGUAUGUUGCUUUCCAUGCCAGGACUCCAAGGCUAAACCGUUGCUGUUGUUACUUUUAACUGUGCGUCACCCCUCUGCUGCAGUUUCACAUGUCUAUGCCAUAAAUAGAUUUAAGUGUGUGGUGCCAACAGUUUGCAAUUGUAAUUUACAUACAGCCCGGGGGGGGGAGUUAUUGCUGUCGUUUAUUAAGUGGAUUCCAUGACACUUUUGACGCUGUAAAAGCUGUACAUGUGAGCAAAUAAAAAAAAAAAGACUAAAGUGU